AGACCGUAUCAAGAUUGUCGCCGCUAGUCGCCGCGUAUCAAUUUGCGACAAUUGGAAACAGCUUCGUCAUUGCCUUACAAGAGGUUUCUCAAUUUUUUAUCGCGAUUACUAUAGAGAAGACUAAAGUCCAAUGGACACUUCGUUUUGUUGACCGCUACUAGACUUUAUCACUCCCGUCGCUGCUGCACUGCUACGUGCAUCGCCACUCUUUUAUUUUCCUGCUUUCGCGAUUUCUCCGUGCGUGACACGCAAACAGGAAUUUUGCGCAACAUCGUUGCCUGCGACGAUCUCGCUCCACGAAAAUUUCCCGUUUUUCACGUUUUACCUCUGCGGUAAGCAGGACCAUCAGGAUGGUGUACAAGCCGAAAGUGUACGUGAUCGGCGUCGGGAUGACCAAGUUCGAGAAGCCCGGCCGAAGAGACGACUUCGAUUAUCCGCAAAUGGCGAAGGAGGCGGUGAGCAAGGCCCUGCAGGACUCGCGCAUAUCCUACAGCAACGUGGACGCCGUCUGCGUCGGUUACGUCUACGGUGACUCGACCUGCGGCCAAAGGGCGGUCUACGAGGUCGGGCUCAGCGGCUGUCCCAUUUACAAUGUCAACAACAAUUGCUCCACCGGCUCGACUGCUCUCUACCUCGGCAAGCAGAUCAUCGAGAGCGGCAACGCAAAGUGCGUCCUGGUGCUUGGAUUUGAAAAGAUGGAGCGUGGCUCGCUGAUGUCGAAGUUUAUGGAUCGCACGAAUCCUAUGGACAAGCACGUCGAGCUCAUGGCAGACAUCGCAGGCAUCACCGAGGGACCUAUCACUGCUCAAAUGUUUGGCAACGCCGGCCUCGAACACAUGAAGAAGUACGGCACUAAGCCUGAACACUUCGCCAAGAUUGCCUACAAGAAUCAUCUGCAUUCCACGAACAAUCCCUACUCCCAGUUCCAAGAGAAGUACUCCCUCGAGCAGAUAAUGAACUCUCCGAAGAUAUUUGGACCGCUGACGAAGCUCCAGUGCUGUCCUACCUCCGACGGCGCGGCGGCUGUCGUUCUGGCCAACGAGGAGUUCGUUCGAGCGCAUCACUUGCAGCCGCAGGCUGUCGAAGUCCUGGCGAUGGAGAUGACUACUGACCAGCCGGCAACGUUCACCUCCCUCUCGUGCAUGAAUCUUGUCGGGUACGACAUGACGAGAAACGCAGCUGAGAAGGUCUUCACGUCGACGAGCUUCAAGCCAAGCGACGUUGACGUAGUGGAGCUGCACGACUGCUUCUCUGCGAACGAGUUGAUCACGUACGAAGCGUUGGGACUCUGUGCUCCCGGGCACGCCGGCAAGAUGAUAGACUCUGGGAACAACACCUAUGGCGGCAAGUAUGUCAUAAACCCCAGCGGUGGACUGAUCUCGAAAGGACAUCCUCUGGGUGCCACGGGACUGGCGCAGUGCGCGGAGCUCUGCUGGCAGCUCCGCGGCGAGGCCGGCAUGAGACAAGUGCCGGGUGCGAAACUGGCGUUGCAGCACAACAUAGGCCUGGGUGGCGCGGUCGUCGUGGGCCUCUAUCGUUUGGGCUUCCCGAAGCAAACAGGCAUAAUGAGGCAUAACGUGAAUGUCGCCGCCGAUCCCAGUGUCUUCAAGGCGAACGUGUUGUUCCAGACACUCGCUAUGGCAAUGGAGGAGGACGAGGAAGGCUUGAUUGACAGGGUACGCGGCAUUUAUGGAUUCAAGGUCAUAAACGGGCCUGGUGGCGCGGAGGGAUACUGGAUCGUGGACGCGAAAACCGGUAAAGGGAAGGUCGAGUACAACGGCAAGACCAAACCCGACGUCACUUUCACGGUCAGUGACACCGACGUGGUUGAUUUCAUUUCUGGGAAAUUAAAUCCGCAAAAGGCCUUCUUCCAAGGAAAGGUCAAGAUCCAAGGAAACAUGGGUCUCGCUCUGAAAUUGCCCGAUUUGCAGAAGCGCGCUGCCAAGAAGAUCGAGGUACUUCGCGCGAAGUUGUAAGAAGCGCGGGAAAUUCCAAGUUAAUCGUGCAAUAACGUGAAUUCAAGGACGUCGUACUAAAGAUUCCGGGUAAUCGAAAAGUGAUUAUGGAAACGGGGCAUAUUUUGUCACCCCUUUGUACGCUUUAUCUUCUCUCUCUAAUGGUUAUCAGAAAUAUCAUUAUUACCGCAGUUUCAUGCUUAUGAUAUGUAAUCUGAGCUUGUUAUGCCGAGACUCGUGUUUCCGAUAAAAGCUUCGGUCGGAAUAAACAGACGAUAAAAAUAAUCCUGUAUAUAUUAAUAACACGAGAAGAGGAAUUGCGAGGACAUUAUUUUUACGUUAAUGAACAUUUUUUUCAUAUUUUAUUUUUGUUCGUGCAUGGUAUAUUAUCAAUAUAUAUUAUAUAAAUAUACAGUUUUUUGAUACUGUAUACACACGAGUAUAGACUCAGGACGUAGACGCAUAGCUCUUCAAUCUAAUAUUAUCUUGUAGUACGUUUCCGGAUGUAUGAUUUAUGGCUUGUGACGACAGAUACAUAUAAAAUCAAGGAAAUAUCGCGCAAUUCAUGUAAAUUUACGAGAAUUGCUAAUUUAAAAAUUUAUCUUUACAUGCGAAAGUUGCACAGAUAAAGAAAAUAAUUCGUACAAAUCGUAGGAAUUUUUUUAACGUAAUCAACUUUGCAAUUGAAAUAUAUGAACUAUAAUUUUGAAUAUAAAAAACGUAAUGCAAAUUAAUUUCAACAAUUCAUACAAUUAUGGCGAAUUGCAAUAAACUUUUACAAUCAUUUGACUCAAGAUCUUGUUGAAUUACAUACAUGUAAUUUGCUGCAUUUGUUAGCGUUUUUAUGUUUUGAUCAAGUAACUAGUGGAAAUCUUGUCGCAACUUGUCUUCUACUGUAAAUGUUGAUUAUCAUAUUCUAUUUCUCUUUUACGCAUAUUACUUUUAUUCGAAAUAGAUUAAUUACUUUGUAAGGGAAAUUGCAUGGAAAAUAAGAUUUCCGACAUGAAAUAUCUCUGAUAAUUUUUGUCAAACAAAUAGUAACUUCUCAAAACAAAACAAUAAUUAUAUUGAAAACAGAGAUCUUCAUGACAAACUGCGACUCCAUAAGAGUGCGUAAAAAGACAUAGAAGAUUUAAAAUGGAUUUGGAAAAUUAAAUAUAGGUUCUAUAAUAGAGAAUUUAUAUUUGAAAAUUAUUCUUUUUAUUAGUCUUUUUAAAAUAAAUAAUAUGCAGAUUCAAAUGAGAAUUAUUUGAAUUGAAUAUUUACGAUGAAUGUAGCUGUUCAUCAAAUUCACUUUUUAUGUGCGUUCCAUAAUCGUUAAGAAAAUUUUUAUUAUUACAAUUAAAAAUAAAUACAAAACAAUAUUUUUUUAUAAAAUGAAAAUAAUACACUUUUAUACAAAACUAAAAGAGAAAGUGUGUACAUAGAAUAUUAUAAAAUAGGUGUUUUAAAUCUACUUUUAUACUUUUAACAUGUACGAUGAAAUCUGUACACGGAAACAGUAUCAAUCAAAAUAUGAAAAGAAAGAGUAAAAUCUUCUCUCAACCAAAACAGAAGCAGAAUUAAAUUUUCCUGCAGCAUGCUUUAAUGAUAUUAAGGUAAUGAUAUUAAGGUGAUUAAGGGAAAAUAUAUAUGAAAUAUUAGCACAUUAUACACUAUAUCAACGAAUGUGUUAAUCUCCCCUGCAUAUUGUAAUGCGUCACAUAUCAGUAUAUCUAUAAAGAUAUAUACUACGUUUAUUUUGAAUUUUACAAUUUUAUAUCAUGAUGGAGACGGGUGAAAUGGUUUAAAGAGGCAUAUAUUAAUAAAAGUUGA